AUGUGUGGUCUGGGGUGUACCUACUUUGGCGUCAAUUUACAAAGAAAGAAAUGCCGAGUUUACGGUGGAUGUCAUUCAACUAAUUCAACAGUAGCGGAAGUAGGAUGGCGAUACUAUAAUCCGGACUCCGAAGUUUUAGAGAAUUUUCGUCCGAAAGAUUGUAAAAGUCUGCUUGCUGUCGGGUUUACUGCGUCCUGUAUUUAUACGAUCUACCCCUGGUACAACAAUCCAGUGGAAGUUUUCUGUGAUAUGGAUACAAAAGAUGGAGGAUGGACGGCUAUACAGAGGCGUGUAAAUGGAUCGAUUGAUUUCGACAGAUUUUGGAAUGAGUACAAAGAAGGAUUUGGUUCUGCAUAUUCGUCUUACUGGAUAGGAAAUGACGUCAUUCAUCAAUUAACCAUGAACAGACCGUCUCUCUAUGUGUCCAUUACUUUGACAAAUGGAACUACUCUUUAUCAACAGUACAAGGAGUUCUCUGUAAGCAGUGAGACAGACAACUACAGACUUUACCUUGCUGGACCGACCGAAGGGACAUUAGGAGACAGUAUGUUAGACACUGGUUAUCCAAAUUACGACGAUCUGUCUGGGAUGUACUUCUCGACCCACGACAGGGAUAAUGACAGAUGGAUUUAUAACUGUGCUGAUUUUUAUAACCGUAAAGGAGGCUGGUGGUUUAAUGGCUGUCACCGAGCCUUCCUUAACGGUCGAUGGUCCCUGGAGUACUGGGUCUGGCCUUGGUAUCCAACACUGACUGAUGGUAGAGAAAUAAAAGAGACUGUUAUGAUGAUAAAAACUCUGUAA